CGCUGCAACUUAUCAGUGAGGAGCUGAGCUCUGAGAGAGAGAGAGAGAGAGAGAGAGGGAUAGAGAGAAUCAAUGGCCGGAAGUGACCUGGGCUGCGUGAUCGUGGCCGUGGACGGCAGCGAGGAGAGCAUGAACGCUCUCCGGUGGGCCCUCGACAACCUCAAGCUCCGACCGUCCACCGAGGAAUCUCCCAGCUCCUUCGUCAUCCUCCACGUCCAGUCUGCCCCGUCCAUCGUCGCCGGCCUCAACCCUGGCGCCAUACCCUUCGGCGGCCCCAGUGACUUUGAGGUUCCUGCAUUUACUGCGGCUAUUGAGGCGCAUCAGAAGCGGAUCACGCAGGCUAUAAUGGAUCAUGCCCAGAAGAUAUGUGCUGAGAAGAAUGCUGCGCCUAAUGUCAAAACCCAAGUGGUGAUUGGGGAUCCAAAGGAAAAGAUUUGUGAAGUUGCUGAGAACUUGCACGCUGACCUGCUAGUGAUGGGGUGCCGAGCUUUUGGUCCUAUUAAAAGGAUGUUCUUGGGAAGUGUGAGCAACUACUGCACCAAUCACGCCCAGUGCCCAGUUAUCAUCAUAAAGGACAACCCAAGUUCUUGAGCGGAAAUAUGUUUGGUGGUGUGCUACCUGUGUCUCUUCGCGACUCGUGUCUAAGCCGACAUGGAGACGAAGGAACUAUGCUUCUGCUAUACCUCGCUGAAGAUCUUAUGGUGGUUUCGGGGGGAAGAUAUGUUCAGUCUGUGCCAUCAAUCUCUUAUGAUAAAUUAUUCAAUGGUUUGCUCAAUAUUCGUUCUUUGCUUUCUCUGAUCUGUCAAUGGUGAGUAUGGACAAUCCGUUUGUUUGUCUGUACUAUAAUUAUAUCUAUAUAUAUAUAUAUAUAUAUAUAUGGUUUUGUUAUUGCUGUGUCGGUGUCUGCUUUUUGAUCAAAACAAUGGGAAAGGGAAAAAAAAAAUUUCAUUAUUUU